AUGGUUCAGAUCAGUGAAGUGAAGGGCAACUCGCGCGAGAACAGAACCGCGGCGCAUACACACAUUCGGGGUCUUGGAUUGCGCUCUGAUGGAACUUCGGAGACGGCCGCAGAUGGAUUCGUGGGACAAGCAGCUGCCCGUGAGGCAUGCGGUAUUGUGGUGGACCUGAUCAAGGCAAGAAAGAUGGCUGGACGUGCUGUCCUGCUUGCUGGUGGCCCCGGCACCGGAAAGACUGCUUUGGCUCUUGCUGUAUCGCAGGAGCUGGGAACCAAGGUUCCUUUCUGUCCCAUCGUCGGCAGCGAAGUCUACUCCGCAGAAGUCAAGAAGACCGAGGCAUUGAUGGAGAACUUCCGGAGAGCUAUCGGCCUCCGUGUUCGCGAAACCAAGGAAGUGUACGAGGGUGAAGUGACAGAGCUUACUCCCGAAGAGACCGAGAACCCUCUGGGCGGAUACGGACGCACAAUCAGCCACCUGGUUAUCGGCCUGAAGUCCGCCAAGGGAAGCAAGAAGCUUCGCCUGGACCCUAGCAUCUACGAGGCAAUUCAGAAGGAGCGUGUCACUGUCGGAGACGUCAUCUACAUUGAAGCCAACACCGGAGCAUGCAAGCGCGUCGGCCGAUCCGAUGCCUACGCGACUGAGUUCGAUCUCGAGGCAGAGGAGUAUGUGCCUGUUCCCAAGGGCGAGGUCCACAAGAAGAAGGAGAUUGUCCAGGAUGUGACACUUCACGAUCUUGAUAUGGCCAAUGCCCGUCCACAGGGUGGCCAAGAUGUGAUGAGCAUGAUGGGCCAGCUGAUGAAGCCCAAGAAGACGGAAAUUACGGACAAGCUGCGUCAGGAGAUCAACAAGGUUGUCAACCGGUACAUUGACCAGGGUGUCGCCGAGCUGGUUCCUGGUGUUUUGUUCAUUGACGAGGUUCACAUGCUUGACAUUGAGUGCUUCACAUAUCUGAACCGUGCCCUCGAAUCGACCAUCUCCCCGAUUGUCAUUCUCGCCUCCAACCGUGGCCACACAGUCAUCCGUGGCACUGACGAUAUCAGCGCUGCCCACGGCAUUCCCCCCGAUCUCCUUGCCCGCCUUCUUAUCAUCCCCACCAACCCCUACAGCCCCGAUGAGAUCAAGACCAUCAUCCGCCUGCGCGCCAAGACCGAGGGUCUCAACAUCACUGAACCUGCCCUUAACAAGGUCUCCGAGCAUGGCAGCAAGGUCAGCUUGCGCUACGCCUUGCAGCUGUUGACCCCUGCCAGCAUUCUUGCGCGCGUCAACGGCCGCCCUGGUGGCAUUGAGGAGGCCGACGUUGCUGAGUGCGAGGACCUCUUCCUGGAUGCCAAGCGAAGUGCAAUCAUUGUUGGCCAGGAUAGCGACAAGUUCCUGUCAUGA